AUGCUUUCUACCCUUGGUCUUCAUGACAUUAAAACCAUUGGUGGAAAUUUCACUUGGAUUGGCAAAAGGUCAAAGUACUCGAUUAUGUCUAGAAUUGAUAGAGCAGUAGCUAAUAGUGAUUGGCUUGAAAUGUAUCCAACAGCUACUGUGACCCUUUUGCCUUGGAUAGGAUCUGAUCACAGGCCUUUGCUUCUUAACACUGAAGGUACGAAAUGGAAGAAGGUCAGCCUCUUCAGAUAUGACAUGAGAUGGAGACUACUGCCUGACUUCAAUCAAGUCAUUGAGCAAGCCUGGAAUCAAGACUGUGCCAACGUCACAUAUGGAGACAUUCAUGCUAUCAUCAACAAAUGUCGCAAAGCUUUGUCAAUCUGGAGGAGCAAGAAGAACACUAAUUCACAGAAGGUGAUUGAACAACUAAAGAUGGACAUUCAAAAAGCCUAUGAAGCUCCUGCUAUUGAUUAUGUUCAUCUCCAAACGCUGAAGGCUCAACUUCAAUUACAGUACAGGUUAGAAGAGGAGUAUUGGAGAACUAAAAGCAGAAUUCUCUGGUUACAAGCAGGCGACAAGAACACGAAGUUUUUUCACGCCAAAACAAAACAGAGACGAAGCUACAAUAGAAUCCUUCACCUCCACGAUGAAGCAGGGAAGCAUUACUCCACUGUCAAAGAUAUCCAUUCUCAUAUCCUCACUUAUUUCAGAAAUUUAUAUACAAGAAAAAGAAUUAUUAUAGAUCCCCACCUCAUGAAUGGUAUACCUCUGACAGUUACAGAAGAUAUCAACAAAAGUCUUACCAGACCAGUAACAGAGAAGGAGAUAAAAGAUGCGGUCUUUGCUAUGAAUCCCGAGAAAACACCAGGUCCUGAUGGCAUGACGGCAGCUUUCUACAGACAGCAUUGGGAAGUCAUCAAACCAGGUGUUCUCUCAUACAUUAAUCUUUUCUUUGAGCAAUCCUAUCUUGACCCUAGAAUUAAUGAGACCCAUAUAUGCCUAAUACCUAAAAUUGAAAAUCCCAUCACUAUCAAGGAUUAUAGACCCAUCAGCCUAGCCAAUGUAGCUUAUAAAAUCAUCUCCAAAAUAUUAGCUGAAAGGUUGAAACCCUGGCUUCACAAUAUCAUCACUGAAAACCAAUCAGCUUUUAUUCCAGGUCGUCUUAUUACAGAUAAUGUUCUCAUAAGCCAUGAACUUAUGCAUUCCCUCCACACAAAAAACUUAAAAAAUAAGUUUAUGGCUCUUAAGCUUGAUAUUGCAAAAGCUUUUGAUAAGGUUGAGUGGUCCUUUAUUGAUUUGGUGAUGGAGAAAAUGGGUUUCUGCAGACAAUGGAGAGAUUGGAUUAUGAAGUGCAUCUCAACGGUCUCAUACUCAGUUUUAAUCAAUGGAGAGCCAUCUAGGACCAUCAAGCCCCAACGAGGACUGCGCCAAGGUGAUCCUAUUUCUCCGUAUCUAUACAUCAUCUGCACUGAAGGCUUAUCACGUUUAAUCAAACAGAACAUUCAGGAGAAGAAGAUUCAUGGGUUUCAAGCUUCAAGAAGUGGCCCUCCUAUCUCGCAUCUUCUCUUUGCGGACGAUUCUCUCCUUUUCUGUAAAGCAACAGAAGAAGAAGCCAUUAACAUCUCUAAAAUCCUCAAGACUUACCAAAAGGCUUCGGGUCAGGAAGUCAACUAUAACAAAUCGGCUAUAUCCUUUGGAAAAGCUGGUAAAGAAGUGUUGCUGAAAGCAGUGAUCACUGCUCUCCCUGCUUACACAAUGUCUUGUUUCCUGUUACCUAAAGUUCUUAUACAGGAAAUCACCAAAGCUAUGAGGCGCUUCUGGUGGUCGGCCAAUAAAGACAAGCAUUCAAUAUCAUGGAUUGCAUGGGACAAAAUCACUGCUUCAAAGAAGGAAGGAGGUCUCGGUAUUAGGGAUAUGAUGGCUUUUAAUAAAGCCUUGCUAGCUAAACAAGUCUGGCGCCUAAUUACACAACCUUCUUCAUUGCUAGCAAGGGUUUAUAAAGCUAAGUACUAUCGGAAAACGAACAUAUUGGACUCCAGGAGUUAUCAAACCUCAAGCUUUGCCUGGAGAAGUCUAGUUCAGACCUUUCCUCUAAUUACACGAGGGCUGAAAUGGAUCAUAGGAGACGGUCAGAGGACUAGAGUUUGGUUUGAUAAUUGGCUUCCUGGUCCGCAUAAUGUUGCUCCUGUUGGUCCUGCUUCCUCUAUUUUACCAAAUCUGUUGGUCAAGGAUCUUCUUGCUCCUUGUCUCACACGCUGGGACAUUUCUAAGCUUCGGGCUUUGUUCCAUCCUGAAUAUAUCCCUAAAAUUUUGAGUAUUCGCUUGUCAAUUACAGGGGCACAUGAUACUGCAUACUGGAUGUAUAGCAAGACUGGAGCAUAUACCGUUAAAACGGGCUAUCACAUUCAGAAAGCUAUUGACAAGGAGAAUGCUCAUAAUCAGGUUCCUUCUGAUCCUGUAAUAGCUCAGCGUGAUAAAUAUUUGUAUAAUUUAUGGAAUCUGAAAAUUCCUCCAAAGAUAAAACUCUUCUGGUGGAAGUGUAUCCAUAAUGGUCUUCCUGUUGCAGAAAAUCUUAAUAUCAGAGGCUGUAGAGUUUAUAGGUACUGUCAACUAUGUGGGGAGGAAGUAGAAACGGUGAAACAUAUGCUUUUUGGCUGUAGAGUUGCUAGAGAAGCUUGGAAACUAUCACUGUUGAAUACUUGUCCCCAAUUUGAUCAUCUGAAUACAACUCUUAGUCUCUUGCAGGAACUGAUGGAACGUAUGCAACAAGGCAUAACUGAUACACUUCCUUUCUACCUUGGGUGGAGAUUAUGGAAGAUGUGCAACAAGCUUGUCUAUGAGAACAAAAGAGAUCACAUUACUCAAGUUAUCCAUGCAGCGAUAAUGGAUAAACAACUGUGGGAAGAGGCGCAAAAUCAUAACUCAGUCAAUAAUCCACAACAUUCAACUGCAACACAAUCUCAGAUUGCCUUCCCUCUGAGUUCGUUUCUCCAUUCUCUUCCCCAACGUAUAGACCAUUUCUGUAUUGUAGAUGCAUCCUGGAAGUCACCAGAAGAUCAAGCUGGUAUAGGGUGGUCCUUAACAAGCAUAGAAGGCACUCCUAGAUUUCAAGGAAGCUCUGCAAUCGAGCCUACCUCAUCAUCAUUGGUGGCAGAAGCAAUGGCCAUGCUGCUAGCGGUUCAACAAGCGCAAACACUCAGGUACGAUAAUGUUACUUUCAUAGGGAACUGUGGGAAGCUAUUCAAAUGCUUAAGAAUGGAAGCUAUGGAUGGGAGAAUGCAUGCAACUUACAUAAACGAGGCAACUUCCAUAGUUAAAGAUAUAGUAAGCAUUGCUAAGCAAAAUAGCUUUUCUUUUCUUCAUGUUCCUAGACACCUUGUUGUAACUGCUGAUCAGUUGGCGAAAAAAGCCAGGUGGAAUAAACAACAAUAUGUAAUCACCUGGUACUAG